UGGGCGGCCCCAUUGUUCGGUCGGGAGAGAGGAUAAAAGCGGCGCAGAGUACCUCGCACUCGUGCUUAAAAACGUCUUUGACGACCGCCCGAGGAUAUAUUUUAAAGUUUGCGACCCGUUUCCGUGCCUAGCCCGAGACACAAUGGACGAGGAGCAGCCGAAAACGCUGUAUGUGGGGAAUCUGUCCAGGGAUGUGACAGAAGCUCUCAUCUUGGAGCUGUUUGGACAGAUUGGACCCUGCAAAAGCUGUAAAAUGAUAGUAGAUACAGCAGGUCAUGAUCCCUACUGCUUCGUGGAGUUUUAUGAGCAUAGACAUGCCACUGCCACAAUUGCAGCCAUGAAUGGUCGGAAAAUACUGGGUAAGGAGGUGAAGGUCAACUGGGCCACAACGCCAACGAGCCAGAAGAAAGACACAAGUAGUCAUUUCCAUGUUUUUGUUGGAGAUUUAAGUCCUGAAAUCACCACUGAUGACAUAAAGGCAGCGUUCGCUCCUUUUGGGAAAAUAUCGGAUUGUCGAGUGGUGAAAGACAUGGCCACGGGUAAAUCUAAAGGUUAUGGAUUUGUCUCUUUUUUCAACAAAUGGGAUGCAGAGAACGCCAUUCAGCAGAUGGGAGGUCAGUGGUUGGGGGGAAGGCAGAUCAGGACCAACUGGGCCACGAGGAAGCCUGCUCCCAAAACCACAAAUGAAUCAACCAGCACCAAGCAGCUAUCUUUCGAUGAGGUGGUGAAUCAGUCCAGCCUCAGCAACUGUACCGUCUACUGCGGAGGAGUCACAUCAGGGCUCACAGAGCAACUUAUGAGACAGACCUUCUCACCUUUCGGCCAAAUAAUGGAAAUCCGUGUUUUCCCGGAGAAGGGCUACUCGUUUGUGAGAUUCAAUUCUCAUGAGGCAGCAGCUCAUGCCAUAGUUUCUGUCAACGGUACUUCCAUAGACGGGUAUGUUGUGAAAUGUUACUGGGGCAAAGAAACGACAGACGUUGUCCAAGGCCCCAUUCAGCAGGUACAGAUGGCACAGCAGAACACGUUGGGCUUCGCAGCGCAGCCCUACAGUCAGUGGGGCCAGUGGUACGGCAACACGCAGCAGAUCGGUCAAUAUGUUCCCAACGGGUGGCAGGUGCCAAGUUACGGGGUAUACGGACAGUCCUGGGAACAACAGGGCUACAAUCAAUUACAUGCUGGAGCCGGAUGGACAGGAGUGGGCGCCAUCAGCAACGGCAGCAUCGUGGAGCCUGGACAGGGGGUCAACGGGACAGUGCUAACUAACCAGACGGGCAUGGGCACCGCUGGCUACCACACCCACUGAUCACAGCAGCCCCUCUCUUAGCAUCCAAAGCAACAAGGAUGAUGCUCUGCUGGAGAAGGAGUGCAUCAGAUGUGCUCAGUCUGUCACAUCACAAAAUUACUGUUAGUGAAGCUGGUACGCCAUUUUAUCAACUUGACCAGCUCAAAACCUCACCCACUGCCCAAAUCUGGAAGUGUAGAGAUAACGAUUCACACAAAUAAAUACAUAUUCACACUUUACUACUGCUAAUGCACCUUGCAUUCCUGGGCCCAUUUAUUGUUUGGUGUAUUAUCUGGCCAAAUGUAAAUUAUACCAUGUGUCAAGAUAUUUCUAGAAAAUACAUUUUAGUUAAAAAAGAAAUAAAAAAAAUAAAUGUCCUGUAAAUUUUAAAACAGCAGCUUUUUUUUUUUUUUUUUUUUUUUCCCCAGCCCCUCAGAGCCAAAGAGCAAGGGCAUCAUUUUUUAACAAUCAAACAGAAAAGGCAGCGAACUUUGCCGCAGAAAGCACUCAAUAGUCCACAUUGCAACACAGCCACAUGACGCGUAUCGACAAGGACUUUUUUUUUUUUUUUUUUUUUCCCCCGUUCACUGUUGGAGCCUGUCGAUCUCACCGUUGCUCUGUCCAUCAGUUACUUUGGUGACACAAGUCCGAGCGAGCUCUCAGGGUCUCGUCAAGUCAUUCUGUGAAAAGUGUGUUGGCAGGUUUGAAAGGGGAAGUGGGUCUCUGGAAAGCGCCUAGAGACAACUUCUGUUGUAAUAGAUGCUAUAUAAAUAAAAUUGAAUUGGGUGCAACAAAAUGGCUAGAUUUCCGCGCUCUUUCAAGUCAUAGACUCGGCUGAUGCGACAGAAAGUUCCAUCUGUGGAUAAGAAGUGUGUGUGCGUGUGCUUCUGUGUGUGCAUGAACUGAUGCUUGUACUCACCAAGACAAUGUCCUGGUCAUUUUCUCCUGAAUUAAAAAGGACUAUGCCUUUUUUUUUUUUCUUUUUUUUUUUUCCUCUUUUCUUUUGCUACAAAUGACAGAGAAAAGUGUUCUAUUUGUGUGUUUUUAUUUUUGUUUUGGGAACUCUUAAAUGUUGACAUUGUACAAAGAGCUUUUGCCUUUUGUGAUUCAUUUCAAGACUGAGGAAAAGUCAAGGUGACACCAUCAAAUCAUGCGACACGCAAAAACUUUCUAUGUUUUAUAGAAUAGUACGUGGCUGUUUUUAUUUUUUAAAUUAGUCUAUCUCAAAUAAAACAAUUGCAGGGAUUACUGCCACUCUUAUCUCACUCAAAGGCAGACAAAUAUUGCACAAAUACCUGAGGUUAUCUUUUCCACAAAAUUUGAAAUUAUGGGAUUAUGGUUGUUUUCAUUCCACUUUAUUUGUGAAUUUAUUUGGAAAUCUUUCUUAUGUAAAUAACUAAACGGUCUGUCAAAUUGUACUAAAUCUGUAUAAAGACAUGUUCAUAAAAGAAGCGUGCUUGCUGCCAGCUGUGGAAAUGGACUCCAGACAAACAGCUGUCCGGUAGUAGCAACUGUGUCCAGUGCUGGUCUGUGUGCAGUAGAGCAUUUAAUUCUUCCAGCAGCUUGGAGGACAAGCAGCAUUGCUGUGUAAUGCAAAAGCAUUUAGACUGACCAGAACUUCAUUUAAGUUAUUCUGUUUUGAUGACAUUGUUUUCUUUUUUUUUUUAAUAUGUAGAUUGAGAAACCUACUCUUAAAGAUCAGAUUUUUACACUGUGGACACCGUCAUCUUAGUACAGUUGGAGAAUCAAUUAUGUUGCCUUAUUAAGUCACUUUUUAUUUAACCAAAAAUCAUAAGAGGGUAGGUGGUGCCUAUGAAUGUUUUCAGCCAGUUUUUGGCCAGAUGAGUUCUUGUUUCAUGCGUCAGUAUCAUGGUUUGUGUUUUUGCUUUGUCCCAUUAAAACGCUGAUGUUUAAAACAG